GAAAUACGAUAUUCGACGAGACAACAAUAACCAUCCUGUCAUGAGAAAUGUCACUUUACACAUUUUUGUAGUUUUUCUCUUCCUGAAUCAUAAUUAAAGCCUUUCAAGCUGGAUUUAAACGUAAUGGAACCUGCUGCGGCAGGUUCGAACCGUGUGGUUCGGGUGAAUAUGAUGGAGGGAGUCGGAGCAAGGGUUAUCCGGGGUCCUGACUGGAAGUGGGGUAAACAGGAUGGGGGAGAGGGUCAUAUUGGCACUGUAAGAAACUUUGAAAGCCCAGAAGAGGUUGUGGUUGUAUGGGACAACGGGACAGCAGCUAACUAUAGAUGUGCAGGCGCCUAUGAUCUAAGAAUUCUUGAUAGCGCACCUACAGGUAUCAAGCAUGAAGGAACAAUGUGUGAUACUUGUAGACAGCAACCAAUAUUUGGAAUUCGCUGGAAAUGUGCUGAAUGUACCAAUUAUGAUCUGUGUUCUGUGUGCUAUCAUGCAGACAAGCAUAAUCUUCGACAUCGUUUUUACAGGAUCAUAACCCCUGGAAAUGAAAGGAUAUGUGUUGACUCGAGACGCAAAAGUAAAAAGAUCACAGUUCGAGGAAUUUUCCCUGGUGCAAGAGUUAUUCGAGGUGUAGACUGGCAAUGGGAGGACCAAGAUGGCGGGAAUGGAAGGCGAGGCAAAGUCACAGAAAUCCAGGACUGGAGUGCAGCAAGUCCAAGAAGUGCAGCGUAUGUGCUGUGGGACAAUGUAGCCAAGAAUCUCUAUAGAGUAGGCUUUGAGGGAAUGUCAGACCUCAAGGUUGUUACAGAUGCCAAAGGUGGUACAGUGUACCGAGAUCAUUUACCAUGUUUAGGUGAACAAGGUCCAGGAUCAAGAUCAGGUCCUGGUGGUCUUGCAAUUGGUGAUCAGGUUAAUGUAGAUUUAGACUUUGAAAUAGUUCAGUCUCUCCAACAUGGUCAUGGUGGAUGGGCAGAUGGAAUGUUUGAAUGUUUAGGACAGACAGGGACAGUGGUUGGUAUUGAUGAAGAUCAUGAUAUUGUUGUAUCAUAUUCUAGUGGAAAUAGAUGGACGUUUAACCCGGCUGUAUUGACCAAAGUAAGCACGCCUAGUAGUACAAACUCAGCCACUAGCGAGAACGGCACUAACCUCGGAGCCACGGGCUCGACAGCCACUCCACAGUUUGCAGUAGGAGAUCUUGUACAGAUACUGAACGAUGUGGAGAGAAUUAAAGUCCUUCAACGAGGGCAUGGAGAGUGGGCCGAAGCUAUGAUGCCUACAUUGGGUAAAAUUGGUCGUGUACAGCAAGUGUAUCAUGACAAUGAUUUGAAGGUAGAAGUUUGUGGUACAUCAUGGACAUAUAAUCCUGCAGCUGUAACAAAAGUAGCUUCAUCUGAUGGUGCAGCCAUAGGGAACUCAUCCGGAGAGAGGCUUAGUGCAUUAUUAAAGAAACUAUUUGAGACACAUGUAUCUGGUGACGUGAACGAAGAACUGGUGAAAGCUGCGGCAAACGGUGACUCUUCAAAAGUAGAUGAGAUUCUUCAAAGAUCUGAUGCUACAGUUAAUGUAAAUGGAGUAUUUGCAGGACAUACAGCUCUACAGGCUGCUUCACAGAAUGGCCAUGUUGAUGUUAUUAAAGUUCUUAUGAAGUAUGACCUUGACAUGGAAAUUGAGGAUAAAGAUGGCGAUAGAGCAGUACACCAUGCUGCUUUCGGUGACGAGCCAGCAGUUAUUGAACUCUUGCAUCGUGGAGGUGCCGAUCUUAAUGCACGUAACAAACGUCGCCAGACACCACUACAUAUAGGGGUCAAUAAAGGUCAUAUAGGUGUUGUGAAAGCCUUGCUGGAGAUUGGAUGUCAUCCUAGUUUACAAGAUUCUGAAGGUGACACGCCACUUCAUGAUGCCAUCAGUAAAAAACGUGAUGACAUGAUAUCGCUGCUUCUUGAGUUCCACGCUGACCUGACAAUCACGAAUAACAACGGGUUUAAUGCUCUACACCAUGCUGCGCUCCGAGGAAAUCCCAGAAAUUUGUCACCCCCAGUGAGUGACUAA